CCCCAGAGGCCCUGCGCAGACCCCCGAGUCACCCCUUCUCCAAGCACCUAAGGACUCUGCAGAGCUGUGCGCCCGGUGGCGGAGGAAGCUGGGCCUGAGCACGUGGCAUGCCUGGAUGUCCCUGCCCUGGCUGUGGCAUGGCGGGCCAGCGGCUCCUCUUCCUCACCGCCCUUGCCCUGCAGCUGCUGGGAAGGGCCGCGGGCGCCCAGCCAGCCCUCCAGAACCGGGGGGCCGCCGCGGCCUGUCGCCUGGACAGCAAGGCCAGCGAGUCCUGGGGGGCCUUGCUGAGCAGCGACAGGCUGGACACCUGGAUCUGCUCCCUCCUCGGCUCGCUCAUCGUGGGGCUCACGGGGGUCUUCCCGCUGCUGGUCAUUCCCUUGGAGAUGGGGACCAUGCUGCGCUCAGAAGCUGGGGCCCAGCGCCUGAAGCAGCUGCUCAGCUUCGCCUUGGGGGGCCUGCUGGGCAAUGUGUUCCUGCACCUGCUGCCCGAGGCCUGGGGCUACACAUGCAGCGCCAGCCCUGGGGCUGAGGUCCGGACCCUGCAGCAGCAACAGCAGCUGGGGCUCUGGGUCAUCGCUGGCUUCCUGACCUUCCUGGCGUUGGAGAAGAUGUUCCUGGACAGCAAGGAGGGCGGGUCCAGGCAGGCCUCCAGCAAAGACCCCCCUGCAGCUGUGCUCAAUGGCGGCCACCGUCUCGCCCCGGGGGCAGCGGCACAGCCCCGCCUGAGCGCCGCAGUCCGGAACCUCAAAGUCAGCGGCUAUCUCAACCUGCUGGCCAACACCGUGGACAACUUCACCCACGGGCUAGCUGUGGCCGCCAGCUUCCUCGUGAGCAAGAAGAUGGGGCUCCUGACCACCGUGGCCAUCGUCCUGCACGAGAUCCCCCACGAGGUGGGCGACUUCGCCAUCCUGCUCCGGGCUGGCUUCGACCGGUGGAGCGCCGCCAAGCUGCAGCUGUCCACGGCGCUGGGGGGCCUGCUGGGCGCCUGCUUCGCCAUCUGUACGCAGUCCCCCAAGGGCGUAGAGGAGACGGUGGCCUGGGUCCUGCCCUUCACCUCCGGCGGCUUCCUCUACAUCGCCCUGGUGAACGUGCUGCCGGACCUCUUGGAGGAGGACAACCCGUGGCUGUCCCUGCAGCAGGUGCUUCUGCUCGGCGCCGGCGUCCUGGUGAUGGUGCUGCUCUCCGUCUGCGUCGAGUGACCCUCCCGCCCCGCCGCGCAGCAAUAAGAUUCGGAUUCCCGUGAGCGUGCGUGUGCCUGCGUGCGUGUGCGCGUGCGCGAGAGCCCCGCCGUGCGGCCGCCGGCGCAGCCCCCCUCCCCGCCGGGCCCUCCCGCCAGCUCAGGGACUCGCUCCCGCGGGCGCAGGGCCUGCGGGCGGCCCGGCCCCCGCCGUCAGCGCUCAGGAAUGUGCUCCCGUGCUCCGGGCGAAGCCAUAAUCCCCAGCGCCUCCCCGCGGCCGCCCACAGCUGGCGCCGCUGCGGGCAGGGGCUGAACGGGUCUGCAAGGUCCUACGGCGCCCGGCUGUGGCCCACCUGCAUCUGUAAAUACCUGCCUGUGGACGCCAUAGAAUAAAUAUGCACAGACCAGA